AUGCCCUUCUCAGAAUUGCAUGCCCGCGCGCACAUCCAAAACUUGAGUGCUGCAACGACGUUAGAGCCGCACUGGGGCUACGCAGACCGUGCUGUACCUUGCACAAAUGACGCCGGCUCAUGUGCCUAUCUAGAUGUUGUCUAUUCGGCCCAUGACCGGGGUAUGCUUUAUACCGGCAUCAUAUGGUCAACUCUCGGAGGUAUCCUUUUCCUUUGGGCUAUCUGGAGGCAUUUCAACGAGCCAACGAUAUCUCCAUCGUUGACUGUCCCACGUCUGGCUGGAUUUCGCAAGCUUCGAGUCUCUCUUGCGGUUUUUAUCCGUACAUAUCUCCUCCCUGAUGCACUUCGCACAAUCUUCGGCCGCACGACUCGCCUACAAGUUCUCGUUCUUGCAGCUCUGGCGGGCUAUCUUCUCAUAUUCAGCUUUGUCGGCAUUGGUUAUAACACCUGGAUCACCCCUGUGUCAGGUAUGGACGGCGUUUAUAAUACUCGUUCCAGCAUCGGCCCAUGGUCAGAUCGCGUCGGCGUUCUUGCAUAUGCACUCACUCCUCUGUCUGUCAUGCUAAGCAGCCGCGAGUCUUUCCUCUCUCUGAUCACGGGGCUGCCCUAUCAAACAUUCAACUUCCUGCAUCGGUGGCUGGGCUACAUCAUCUUUGUACAGAGCUCCCUGCACACAAUCGGUUGGUGUAUAGUCGAGUUUAGACUAUACCAGCCACAGCCGUCCGUCGGCAUUGAGUUUGUAACUCAGACAUACAUUGUCUGGGGCAUUGUCGCCAUGAUCCUACUCCUUCUGAUAUUUGUUCUAAGUACGCCCUGGGGUAUUCGACUCACUGGAUACGAGGCCUUCCGCAAGCUGCACUAUGUUCUUGCCAUAGUAUACAUCGGGGCAUGUUGGGGUCAUUGGGAACAACUAAAAUGUUUCCUGCUUCCAUCACUCAUCUUUUGGUUCCUCGACCGAGGAGCUCGUUUUAUCCGCACCGCUAUGCUGCAUUAUCACCCUAGCGAAACAUCUGGAAUUCUAGGCUUCAAAUCUAUCGACUCUGCCAUCACCCGUUUUCCGGACGAGGAACAUGGAGACGUGAUUCGCCUGGACAUGGAAAAUGUUCAAGAAACCUGGAACAUCGGCCAGCAUUAUUAUCUGUGCUUCCCACAGUGUAGUGUGUGGCAAUCACAUCCAUUCACACCACUCAAUGCACCCGAGGUCGUCAAGGGAGUGGUCAAGCAUUCAUAUAUCCUACGUGCCAAAAAGGGCGAGACAAAAAAGAUCGCAGAUCUUGCCUCGAAGGGUACUUUGGCCACCCCCGUCAUCUUGACUGGUGCCUAUGGCGAGUCUAUUACCAAAGAGCUAGCACCGAAUACCAACAUCAUCUGCGUGGCGGGUGGAACUGGAAUCACAUAUGUGCUACCACUACUCCUCCGCCUCGCCCAGCAGCCUUCUUCAUCAGACCGAAGGAUCGAUCUAGUCUGGGCAAUCAGGCAUACGAGUAACGUGCAGUGGAUCCGUCAAGAGCUGGGCAUUCUCCGCAAGGCUCGCAAGGCCAUGAAUCUUAAGAUCCGCAUCUUCGCUACCAGAGACAUCAGCAGCCCGUCCACAUCCAAGGAGAGCAUCGUACCGGCGAAGAAUGAUGACGAGAAAUUCAUGCAGGCCUCUGAGCAAUCAUCGUCCGCGGCUGACCUUUGCGAUUGCGAUCUGGAUGUCCCAGUUAAGCUUGGCGGUGGAUCGGCGGACAGCAGCAGGCAUCCUGAUUUGCAAAGGUUGAUCACUGAUUUCUUGGAUAACGCAGUCACGGGUCCAACAACAGUAUUUGCCAGCGGGCCUGGCGGUAUGUUGAGUGAUUUGCGGGAUAUUGUGGCUACUUGCAAUUCUGCUUCUAAGGUGUGGAGUGGACAGGAGAGAUUUGAUGUUAGCCUGGUGUAUGAUGAUCGCCUUGAGUGGUAA